AUGACGUCCCGUGAAACGAAAAUAUUACGCAAGCAUUCGAAUCGUCGUUCAAAGUAUUUUGUUCCGCCUGCAAUUCUUGUUUUGCAUCAUGGAUACACAGGAAAUGUGGUAGAGUUCAAGAGUAUGUUCGAAGUAGAAAAACAUAAUGCCAAAAAGAGUUCACGCGGAUGUUUGUUUAAUUACUUCUCAAUGAAUGUUUAUCUCAUCAUCCAUCUGAAUGAGCAACUAGAUGAUAGUCGGCAUCGGCGAAAUCAAUGAAGAAGUAAUUUCCUAUCGCGGUCUAUUUAAUUUAAUAUAUUCCUCGAAGAAUGGCUGUAGCAAGCUGGAUGCUGAGAAGCCGGACGCUGAGAGCUGCGAAAGCUUUGAGAGGUCGUACUGAAAACAAAGAUGAAGCUGUGAAAUUAGACUUUACUUUAGAUCCUAAAUGUUUAAUGCGAGAAAUUCUAAGUAACGUAUGCCAGAAAUACGGUGUAUCGAGUGUAAAAAAAUUGAACUAUUUAAACUCCUUCGUACAUUUACUAAGCAAAAAUUCCAAAUGGAAAUCACCUGAUACCUUCGGCUUUAGCACUGAUGAAAUCCUAUGUUGUUUAAGAAUAGCUUUAAUUCAAGAUAGCGUUCAAGUACGAGCUGCUGGUUUAAGAGCAUUGCGAUACGUAAUUAGAACCGAAGAAGAUGUAUUAUCGUUAAAUAGAUUACAAUUUCCGUAUCUUAUUUCAAGGAGCUUGGAUUUGUUAUUGAAAACAGAUAAUGAACGAGUGCUAAUGAGCGAAAGAAUACAAUCUUUGAAAAUGAUGAGGCACAUAUUAUUCUUGGCACCGCAACAUUUCAACGCAACACUUGUCCGGCCGUUGGUUUCAGUCGCUCUUAGACCAAUAGAAGAAACGGAUAGGUUGCUAAAAGCGUGUUUAGCAGUGCUUUGUGAAAUAUGUGUUCUAAAUAGCUCAGUGUUUAUAGAAUGUGAUGGUGUUAGGGCUUUGUUGCGUAAUGCUAAUACUAUUCCGUCUAGUCAUAUGACCGAAGCAAUAUGUGGUGCACUUUUAUUCCUUUUGAAUAAACCGUCGACCAGAGAACCAGCUAAAAUCGAAUUACGAUAUUUAAUUUCUGGUUAUACAAAUUCAUUCGUUACUGAUAAAAAUAGUUUUAGAGAAGAAGAAAGAAGGUUGAUGUGGACUAAUUUUGUGUUGUUAACAUUGUUGAGAUCGUCUAGCGGAUUAUUUCAGCUAUGCAACGAUUCUGAUAAUGUGGGUGGUUUGAAGUCCAUUGUUAAAAUUUUAUAUUUGAAUCAACAUAAUAUCCGGAAAGCGGUAAUCGAAUUGUUAUUCGAGUUGAUGAAUAUACCUCAACCUGAGUGGACGGAUGAUGAAGUUAUCGCUUUGGAUUCAGUGGAGCAUUCACGUGCUCAGGAAUCAUUUCGUUUGAGUGAAGGAUAUUUAGUCGAUGAAGGAAGAUCUAUACUUCCUAGUUUAUCCAAAAAUAGAGUCAAUUUAGUUGAAGUCCACACUUCUUUGAUUCUUCUGUGUUUAAUGGAAUCAGAUCUUCCAGAUGCUUUGGUCGAAGUUAUUAUUUCUAGUGAUUCAUUCCUUUCUUUGCAAGCUAGCAUUUUAUUAGGUGAAUUUUUACAUUUAAGUCGCAAAAUUUUACCUUCAGAAUGUUUCUUGGUUCCUCCAUCGAUGCCUAAUCUUAUCUCAUACGCUACCCGCGGAUGUCCAUUACAUCCGCCUUGUAAAUCGAUUUCUAAUGAAAAUUCAGAAUCGUCAAUUUCACACGAACAGUAUUCUUCUAGUUAUAGUCAUUGUUCCAAAGACUUUCAUUAUAAUUAUGAUAGUAACGGUAAAUUACGUUUUACUGAAGAGUAUCCUAAGGUACUAGACGUAAGACUGCCUCCUAAUCUGAAUGUUCCUGAUAAUAUUACAACGAAAUCGUCGCCUAAUGAAACCGUUGUUACCAAAGAUAGAUGUAGGUCUUCAGCUGAAGUUUGUAAUCAAGAUAUUCAAGCAUCCUAUGCUACGCAAACGUCAAAUAGUAAGAAUCUUCGUGGAAAACCAAAGUCUCUUUCAUGUAACGAAGAGUAUUUCGAAAAUCUGAAAAGUGACAACGAAUCAAUUUUAAAUAUCAAUCGUACCGAUUUUCCACCCUGCAAACAUAAACAACAAAUGGCGUUAUCGGCUAUGUGCAUUUUAACAAACUUACGUAAACAGUUAGAAAAACCGCGCCAACCUGUAUCCUUGUUGUUGAAUCAUGUAGUCCAGUAUGGAGAGAAAUCUAGUAAUGUUCAACCUUCAGAAACCUCUGAAAGUGUAACAGCCAAGAGUAAAUUACGUAAAAUUUCACCUAAGGUAUUUGAUGAAUUGAUCAAAGAAACAGGGGUACUUGUAGUUCCGGAACCUAGUCGUUGGAAGUGGGAAUCUGUACGAAUAUUGUUGAAGUUGGGAUUGAAUAAUUCCAAAAAGUUGAAUGAUACUAAUUUCAAAACGUUAAUCAAGAAACUGGUAUAUUUUUACAAACCGUCUUCCAAAAAAUUCAGCCACAUGCCAAUGAAACUCGAUUCGUCUACAGCUAAUAUCUAUACCAUAGUCGCUUGUGAUUUAAUUGAUAUCUUGAUGGAUACUAGAAAUAAUGACGGGACGAAAUUAUUGAACGAAUUACUGGAAGAUAUCGAUACUCAGUUGAAGCAGAUUAUCGAAGCGAAAUCCGUUCAUGAUUGUUUAUUUAGUCCUCAACGAUUGACUAAUUCAUUAAGUCAGGAUUACUUUUUAUUACUCGGACGAUUAAGUAACUGCGAAGCAGGCUUGUUGAUUUUGAAAAAACUAAACAUUUUGCAAAGUUUACAUCACAUUGCAAUCAACAUUAAUAUGGAUUGUUACGUUAAAUUGAUCGUUUCUAGUCUUAGCUACGUGACUAGUGAAGAUACGAAGAAAUUAUUCAGCAGUGUGCUGUCGUGUAAUUUUGUAUCAUCUCGAAUGUAUGGUACGAAAUAUUUGCACGUAUUAUUACGAACGAGCGCGUCAAAGCACGAGAGUUUCAGAAACUGGGCCAUCGAAAUGUUGGCUAAUCAGUUGCACGACGAUAAUAAUGCAAUUUCAUCAAUAGCCCUGAACGCUUUAAAUGAAGCAGCUGAUAAUAAGGAUUAUUUGGAGGCAUUGAUUUCACUACGGCCAUCUUUACUACAUUUAGGAGAUAAGGGUUUACUACUUUUAAUACGCUUUUUAUCCACCGAAAAAGGGUUUUCAUAUCUUCAAGCCGCCAACUUCGUCGCACCGCAACUGCAACGAUGGGCUACGUCGUUUAAUGCCAAAUACACCCAAAUUGUGGAAGGAGAACUACACGAUGCGAUGUCUCAAUAUCAGCGUGGUGACGAUGGUCGUUACCGGCAACGUAUUACUGAUUCAAAGGCUGUUUUAAAGGAUGUGUUUGUACCACCGCAUCUGUAUGGACAAUUGGUGCAACAUUCGCAAGGAUUUAAUUUGUUGAUUAAACAAGAAAUUAUUCCCAAAAUGAUACAGGUCAUUUUAAUGUGCGAUUGUGAUACGGAUGAAGCUAUAUUGGAAUUGAAAUCGGCUUUAUGGGCAAUCGGACAUUUUUCCACCAGUUCAUUUGGAGCGAAAUAUUUAUCCGAUCGUGGUAUCAUCAAAGUAAUCGUCGGAAUCGCCGAAAAAUGUGCUGUCUACAGUGUGAAAGUUACUGCGUUCUAUAUUUUAUCACUAAUAGCAUCAACCAAAGAAGGAGUCGCGGCUAUCAGCAAAACUACGUGGAGAUGUUUGAAACGUACUCGGCAUGAAGUGUGCGUAUCUAAUGAAGUUCCAUUUUCGUUUACAUCGUUUGAAAAAUUCUCCGAUGAUGAUGAUUCUGAGACUAUUUCAUCACCGGUGGACUUUGAAUCGCCUCUGAAUGAUCUGAAAACGUUUUUGGAUCAAGAUGAAGAUGGCUCAACUUUCAAAAUACCAAAUAAAUUUUCUUUUGAGAAAAAAUCUGCUACAUUACCUCAAAGAGGUGGUUUUUCUGGUCAAAUUCAACAUAAUCGAAGUUACAGUGAAAGCAAAGCUGAUGCAUCAGAUGAAUGGUCGUCAUCCGGUUCACCUCCGUCUAAUCUCAAUAAGUCAAACGUGGAUCAUAUUGCUUAUCGAUCAGACAGUUGUGGUACAGAUAGCAGCACUAGUGGUAUUAGCUCAUGUGAUUCUGUUUAUGGAAAACCAUCAAAUUACAACGAGAGAAUAUCUACAUUGAGUCCUAUACCCAGUACUAGUUCGCUCACCACCGUAUUGACAAAUAAUAAUCCAAAAGAGUCCAGAACUUUCUUAUCAACUAAACGUCAUUCCAGUAUUAGCUUUGGGUGUAGAUUGAGCGCCCAGAGUGCUCUUGGUUAUAAAACAUUGCGAAUGUUACAAAACCGUCAUCACCUAGGCACAUCUUCAAGUUUUUCCGCCACCGCUACCAUGGAAUAUUUAUCAGCACAUGAUCGCAGACAAAUGUCUCCUUUGGUCAGACCGAAGUUUCCGCGAUAUAUUCACGAACCUUUAACUCACGAGUUCGAAGUGAAAAGCGCUCCUUUUCAUAUUGACGAAAAUGAAAAUGCUAACGUAUCAUCAGUAGCUGAAAGUAGCCAAUUUUCGCAUUCUACGGAAAUAGAUGAAGAAAAAUCAGAACCGAGUGGUCCUUGUUAUCAAGGAAUAUGUCUUCCUAUAAAAACUAGCUAUUUGUUACCAUGUGCUUCGAAGAAUUCCGUUUCCACUAAAAAAUCGUCCCAAGUAUUACUGAAAUCUUCCGAUGAAAUAGAUGUAUCUGCGGAAUCCGAUUCAGAAAUGGUGAAAAAUGAAGAAAUCAAUCGAACUUUAACGACUCUUCAACGUAAACGAAGACAUGAGAGAUCAGCUUGUUUGCUGUGUUCUUCAAAAAGUGAUGCUGCUGUGGAUGGAAGAACUACUGCUCGUAGUCGUAAAACGUCUACUAGCUCGUUGCACCGUAUUAGAACCGAAACUGAAAGUAGUUAUGGUGGCGGCGUGGGACCAGAAACUGAGAGCCCGAUUUUAUUAACGUGGCAACAAAAACCAGUGGGAAUAGUUGAUAAUACUCCUGGAGGAGCUAGUAGCAGUACUUUGGAUACCAGUGAAUCACAGGCGAAUUCAUUAUUAACUAAUAACGAAAAUUCAUUGAAAAGUCGAUCUAUACUACGAAAAGAAGUAUUGAAAUUGAUCGAACAACUUGGCAAUCCAAUAUUACAUAAAACUUGUAAACAAUGUUUAUUGCACCUUAAACAAAUAUGUGGUGAUCUUUUCCAAGAUAUUUGUUUAUUCUCCGACGUAUGCUCACUGUUGGGAAGCAUUAAUUAUAGAAUACAUGCACGGCAGCUUAUCCAAGAUUUAUUUUUAGAAGCUCCAUUUUUUGAAUUGUACGAAGAACCGUUGAAUGUAUUGAAUAGACCAACGUCGUCGCCAGAGAGCACGGAUCCGAAAACCAUGUCAGCAGAUCCAACGAGUAACGAAUGUUCUUCGCAGGUUGAUUCGAAGUCGAUAAUAACUCAAAAUCUUAAUCCAAAAGAAAUGAAUUCGACGGAAAAUUCCUCUGAUGAACGUAAAACGACCACUAAUCAUAAUUUAGAAGUAAUUGUUGAAACCGACGCGCUAUCUGAAGCGACAAAAAGCGAGCGUGGUUCGAUGAGGGAUGGUAGCGAGGUCGACGAUACUGAAGGUAAACUGUGCGAUUAUAAAACUAUCGAUAGAAUACCAAAACUCGACGACGGUCCUAAAUCCCAUCACGAUUGUCGGCGAGCGUAUUCGUAUCCUGCAACGAGCUAUAUCGUUACCGGAUUUGGAUCCGCGUUUCCAAAUUUAUGUUCGAACGAAUCAGUCGGCGUGCCGACGACGAGAAGUCGCAGUUUUUCAACAAACUGUUCUUACAUAUCGGAAAUUUCGCUAAAACCGUGCGUCACAGCAAAUAAAAACGAAACUUUGAAAACACCGUUUGAUACAUCUUCGAUGAAAGGUUCGUUGGUUUUUAGUCGUACCACUCCAGAUAAUUUAUGUGGAAGCAAUAAUUGCUCUAAAUGUUCCUUACUUUCGAUCGCUGAUAGGUCGUCCUCAAUGGUGUUAGCGUUGAAUAAACCGUUCGAAGUGUUGAAUUUAGAGUCGACAAUCGUAAUCAAAAAUCAAUCGGCGGGUCCAUAUAAAUACGAUGGCGAUGAUGUGGCAGAAAAACGAAACAAUCAAAAUGAAAUUUUGACAAAUGUAACCGGAGCUGUGCAGAGACAUCGUAAACUAGCAACAUUCGAAUCUCCCGAUCCGAGUUUAUUUUUUAAAAAUAAUCCAAAUAUUUAACGUGUCUUUUUUCUGUUUUUUAUUUAUUUUAUUUGUAUUUCAUGUAGUUGUCGAUAUAAUAUAUUUUUUAAAUAUUUUA